CCAGGAUCCAGGACGAGGACGAGGACAUCACGGAGCGCGAAGACGACGAGGACGACGAGGACCCCUGCAGCUCGCCGGAGCCGGACCUCGAGCCGGAGCCCGAGCCGAUGGAGGUCCAAUCCUCGGCCGUCACCGCGGCGGCGAACCUCCACGCCCUGCGCCAGCACGUCUUCAAGAUGUCCGACUACUGGCAGCAGCCCCCCAGGGGUCCGCCUCAGCUGUCCCCGGGCAUCCAGCACAGCCCCAUACAGAGCUCCGGCCAACAGACCCCCAUGCACAGUCCGCUGGGCCAGCAGCAACAGCAGCAGCAGCAACAGCAACAACAGCAGCAGCAACAGCAGCAGCAACAACAACAGCAGCAGCAGCAGAGGCAGCAGCAGCAGUCCCAGCAGCAGCACGCGCAGCAGCAGGCGAACAACGGCCAGGCGCAGCAGAACGCGAGCGGAGGUUUAGCCCAGAACUCCGCGUCGCAGAUCCAGCAGCAGCAACACCAAAUGUCGAUGAAUAAGCAACAGGGCGGCCAGCAGGGUGGCCAGCAUCAGUCUUCCCCGGCUCCGACGACCCCGUCGCCGCAGGCCGACCACCCCGGCGCCAUAGCGUCCAGCAUGGCUCAGAGCCUGCACACCCUGGCCCAGGCUCAGUCCAUGUCCCAGGCCUCCAGCCCCUCGCUGGCCGUCCAGGCGGUCCAGGCUGCCCAGAACCUGGGCCAGGCCCUCACUCAGGCCCUGACCCAGAACAUGCAGCAGAACCUCGGCCAGACUCUGCAGCACAACCUGUCGCAGAAUCUGGCCCCUAGCCUGUCGCCUCAUCAGCAACAGCAGCUGCUCAACCAGCCGCAGAACCUCAGCCAGGCUGGGCAGAGCCUGCAGCAGAACAUCCAGAGCCAGGCGCAGAAUCUGUCCCAGAGCCUGCAGCAGCAGGCCCAGAACCUCUCGCAGAACCUGGGCCAGAGCCUGAACCAGCAGUCGCUCCAGCAGCAGGCGCAGAACCUCACCCAGAACCUCCAGCAACAGGCGCAGAACCUGUCCCAGAACCUCCAGCAGCAGGCCCUCAACAUGGCGGGGAACAUCGGCCAGAACGGCUCGCUACCCGGGAUGAACGUCGCCGGCCAGCAGCAACAGAACACCCAGAACUCCAUGCUGAGCCCCGGUGCCGCCAGUCAGGACUCCCACGAUGCCGCUCUCACGGAGAAGCUCGUUAACGAACUGCAGUCGAGAGCAGCAGGGCUUGGAGGUGCCGGUGGAGGAAUGGGCCCCAUCAGCGAGCGCACCUUCGAGGAAUGCUGGAACACCCUGCAGCGAUUCUUCUCGCAGAUCUUCAUGCAGAAGAACAUACAGAUGCACGCCAGGGAGCUGACGGCCAGUUCCUUGACGGGGCGCCCCGGUGGGACGGUCCCCGGGAGCCUGGCCGGCCUCGGGGUCGGCGUCGGCGUCGGGGUCGGCCCUGGAGGGAUGAUCCCGGGCAACGAGGUCAAGCCCCACCAGUGCCAGCAAUGCCUCAAGUCCUUCUCCAGCAACCACCAGCUGGUUCAGCACAUCAGGGUCCACACCGGGGAGAAGCCGUACAAGUGCAGCUACUGCGACCGGAGGUUCAAGCAGCUCAGCCACGUCCAGCAGCACACGAGGCUGCACACGGGAGAGCGUCCGUACAAGUGUCACCUGCCCGACUGCGGGAGGGCCUUCAUCCAACUGUCGAACCUCCAGCAGCACCUGAGGAACCACGACGCCCAGGUGGAACGGGCGAAGAACCGACCGUUCCACUGCAACAUCUGCGGAAAGGGCUUCGCCACGGAGUCCAGCCUGAGGACGCACACGUCGAAGGUCAGUCAUGAGUUGCAACAGCGUGUUGUGUUCCAGCAACACACCGCCCUGAUCGGCGGCCCCAACGCCGCCAGCUGUCCCCUUUGCCACAAGCUCAUCGUGGGCGGGGAAGCGCUUAUGGAACACAUGAAGCACACCCACAAGGAUCCCAAUGCCUCCGGCGUUGCCACGAAGCGACGGACUGCCAACCAUCCUUGCCCAGUAUGUGGGAAGCAUUAUGUCAACGAGGGCAGUCUCAGAAAACACCUAGCCUGCCACCCUGAGACCACUCAAUUGACGAGUCUCAGGAUGUGGCCGUGUUCGGUGUGCCAGGCCGUCUUCACCCACGAAAGCGGUCUCCUGAGUCACAUGGAGCACAUGAGGAUGGACCCGAAACACCAAUUCGCGGCGCAGUACGUCCUGAGUCGAGCGGCCGCCGAGAGGCGAGAGCGAGAGCUCCUCGCCGCGGGAUCUGGGCUAGGCGCAGGUCUGGGCGUCCUGGGCAGCCAGUCCGGGGGACCCCAAAAUCUCCAGCAAGCACCGAUGUGCCCCUCGCCAUCUGCCCACUCGGACAGCAGCAGCGGAAACGGCAGAUUAUCCUCGGCCGGAAGCGAACCUGAUUUUUACGCAGGAGCCGGUCUACUGAACAAUAACAACAACAACAACAACAACAACAUGUCUUCGCCGGGGCCUAGCGGCAAACUGAGCGAGAUGCUGCGCGCCGGGAACCAGCCGACCUCGGCGCAACAGUACCACGAGGAGAUGCAGUCCCAGCAGCAGAGGAUGGCCGUCAUGGCGGCCGCGGUGUCGGCAGGUCUGCAAAAUUCGGUGUCGCCUAAUCUGUCGCCCGUCGACGUAGCGUCGCUGGCCGCAGCGAUGCGGAUGGGCAACAACGGGGACAUGAGCGGCAGCGGUCAGGGUUCUACGGGUCAGCAGCAGCAAGGGGUGCAGUCCGGGGGUCCGGAGCAGGCGCUGAGGAUGCAGCAGCAGGCCGAGGCGUUGUUCCGGUCCCAGGCCGAGGCCGCCCUGAGGCUAGCGGUGUCGCAGGCGGCGGUCGCAGCGGCGAGUUCCGCGGUCGGAGGAGACAUGAGGCACCACCUCGGGCAGCACAACGGCGGCGGGGGUUCCGGGAUGCCCGGACACCACUCGAACCAACAGCUGUCCCAGCAGGACACGCUCUCCCCGGACCUAGGAGAGGCCCUGCGGCUCCAGGAGCAGCGGCUAGAGCAGGCGCUGAGGCUGCACGGGGACCCGCGCACCCUGGGCUUCACCUUACAGCACGUGGUCAACCAGCAGAACAACCAGCAGCCAUGAAAGUUCAGCUACUACUGAGACGAGUGGACCCCUUGGGCGGCGGAGACGCCCCUGUCCUCGGAACGCGAGCCACCGGAGCGUUCCCCGGGGACGAGCGAGCCAGGGCCGUCGUCGAGCGGCCAGAGGCCGUCCUCGGCGGACAGGGGCACCAAGCGGAAGGCGGAGGAGAUGACGGAGGAGCCGGCCGACGAGAACCAGUAGGCCGCCCCUCGCUCCAGUCUCCAGCACCCCCGGCCGCACCCCAGCCGCCCGAGAGUGGUCAAAAUCGACUGCACUCGCUGUCUCAGCAGUACCUAGAGGAAUCGCCAGCCAAGGCCCACCCCGCACCCACCGAUCGACGCCCUCGGCCGCGGUGGACGGCGUCGCGGCGGACCGACCCGCGGAGGGACAUUGCCCGCCGGGUACGGCGCCCCGACGGCCCACCGCCCCCGGCCGGGGCCCGGGCUCUCCGGGACCCUGGGGCCGGCACCGACUGUCGCCCCGAGGCGCGAUCUUCCUAGAGCCGGCCCGGACCGGCGACCCCGGCCCCGGCCGACGCGUGCCAUACACCCUGCCGACGCCGAUCGAACUCGGCCACCCGUUGGACCCUGGUGGACACCCCCUGGGUGGUGCCCACGGUACUAUGAUCUUAGUACAAGAGCCGACCCCGAGCGGAGCCUGGGUCUCGGGCGACCCUGCCGCUUGGGCUUCGACUAACUAAACCGCGCUUAAGGUUCCCUUAAUCUUAAACUCUUAGGUAGGUUCUAAGGCGAAACUCGUGCCGAGCCCCGGCACCCCAUGGACCGCGUGUCCGACCUUACGUAUACCGACCCCCAGCCGAUGGCUGCUACCGGACCCCCCACGGACCGACCAACCGACCAACCGACCCACGCGACGACUUUGUAAGUACACACACCUCUAGCGUAUACACCCUCGACACUUGCGCGCGCAACUGUGCUCGGAGCAGCACGAAAACUAUUAGCUCGUAAGCGGACGAACAAAAUAUUAUUACAAACGGUUAUAUAUAUAUAUAUACAUACA